AUGCUGGAACUCAAAGCAACAAGUAAACUACUGGCCGACCAACUUGAUGCUUUCGUUAACGUCAUUGAAGCAAUGGGUGACGCACUCAGCGAAGACCAUGAAGCGCAAGCGCUUGAAUAUAUAGAAAAGGCUCACCUUGCCAUUGAUCGCGCAGAAAGGCUUGCUAUUAAGGAGAAGGGAGAAGCUCGCAAACUGGUGAGGCGCUAUCCGGUUACUGAAGAAAAUUAUGAACCUGCCGUUAACCUACUGCAGAAGAAAUACGGCAACGACGCACAAUUAAUAAGCGCUCUACGGUCGCGAUUAGAAAGCGCACGAGCAGAAAACUCAACUACGCAAGCGCAGAGAAAAUUAUUAGAAACAAUAAUCCCAAUCGUGACACAACUAAGAAAACUAAAAAUCGAUUUGAACGGGUCAUAUAAUGCCCAAAAGGUGCUCGCAAAGUUCGCCCUAAGAAUACAGCGUAGAGUUCUGGAGAGCCAAAUAACACCAGACAUGGUUGAGAGUCAGUGGAAGAUGGAGGAGAUAAUAGCGGAACUCGACGCCAACAUUACAAUGGAAGAACACGUUAACGACAUGGUAACCAAGAACGCAACUGUCACCACGCGGACUGAAAGCGCUAACUUCCACAUGAGACAAGGUGCAGACCAAUCAUUUAUCAACCAAGCAUUAGCAGAGGAUUUAGGACUCACAUGCACAGAAAUAAAGGAAUUCAAUAUGUAUACAUUCGGAACCAGAGACCCUGUCCCAACAACGUGCGGAGUAACGUUCUUGGAUCUCUGGGAUAACAUGGGAGAAAAGCACAAUGUGCGCCUACAUGCAACGGCGGUAUUAACCGCGAAAGGAAAACUCACAUAUCUCAGUCAGCAGGACUUAGAUUUCAUCGCACACAACAAGAUACAGUUAUCCAAAGUAACGAAACGCAAACAAUCCAAACCACAAAUACUUCUAGGCUGCGAUCAGUUGUGCAACUUGUUAGAAGUUCCUUCGCCAAGGUGCACGCUUCCGUCCGGUUUACUACUCAUCCCAUCUAAACUGGGAUACCUUCUGACCGGGAGACAGCAAAUGACGGCGACAUUGGAUCCCCAAUCAAGUAUGGUAACGAUGAUCCAAACGCUCACUAAUGAAGAGGAAGACCUACAACGUUGGGACAGAUACUGGACAAUGGAAUCGGCAGGAGUCUGCGAAUUCAUAGGUACAAAAGACGCAGAAAAGUCAGCAAUCAACGACAAGGUGCUGCAAUUUUUCAACGACACCAUUGAGAAGCGCGACGAUGGAUAUUACGUGCGCUUACCCUUCAAACAAGAUCAGCCGCCGCUCCCAACGAACAAAGAACUUUUGGAAGACUACGACGACACGUUUAAGACACAACUGGAUAGCGGCAUAAUCGAAGAAAUUCCUGAAGAACAAGAGGAGGGAGAUGUAGUUCAUUACAUCCCUCACCAGCCGGUCAUCACACCCCAUAAGGAAACCACAAAAUUACGCAUAGUUUUCGAUGCAUCUUCACACUUCAAAGACUGUCCCUCGCUUAACGAUGUACUCUAUCAAGGCCCGCUCAUCCUACCAGAACUCUACGCAAUGUUGCUACGCUUCAGGAUACCAAAGUACGUCAUUACGUCUGACGUAGAGAAAGCCUUCCUUCAAGUUCAUCUACAUGAGCUAGACCGCGAUGCGACUCGAUUCUUCUGGGUACGCGACUACAGGAAAGAUCCUACUGAGGACAAAAUUCUUACUUAUCGCUUUAACAGGGUCACAUUUGGACUAAAUGUGUCACCAUUUCUAUUAGGAGCAACGGUUCAUUACCACCUGCGCAACGCAAUUCAGGACAAGGAAUUAGAAAAAGAAAUCCGGGAAAAUCUUUACGUUGAUAAUCUCAUCCUUGCCGCAGAAACAAAACAAGAAGCACUACGCAAAUCAACCGAUUCUAGGAAGAUUUUCGCCGACGUGGGUAUGAAUCUACGCGAAUUCCUAUCAAACGACCAUUUCAUCUCGGAAGGCAUCCACAAAGAAGCCUGUGCAACUAACAGAGUACAGAUGGUCCUGGGAAUCACAUGGGAUAGCGACAAAGACAUUAUAAGUAUUCGAUGCGAUUUCCCUUCAACUCAUCAUCUGACAAAACGCAUAGUGGCCAGACAGAUUGCGUCGAUAUACGAUCCGUUCGGAUGGCUAGUACCACUCCUUACACAACCCAAACGGUUCCAGCAAGACCUAUGGAAGCAAAAAUUCGCUUGGGAUACGGACCUUCCAAAGAAGAUAAAGGAGGAAUGGGACACAAUUACUAAUAACGCUCAUGGAUUUCAAAAAUCUUUCUCGAGACAAUUCUUCAAUAAACCAGAAUGUGGCAGCUUAGCCAUCUUCGCAGAUGCUAGCGGCAUAGCAAUGCCAACAAUACCCAAGAUGGAGAUGAACGCGUUGACUCUUGCGACACGUCUUGCAUUCUCUAUCUUCCAAGCAAUGGAAACGCGACUAAUCAAACGCCCUUGGGACAUCUACAUUUUUUCUGAUUCUCAAAUCGCAUUGGCUUGGCUAUCGACAUCAACAAACGACAUCGGUCUGGGACUUCUUGUCAAUAACAGAUUAAAAGAGAUGCGGAAAAUAGUAAAAGCGCUGAAUGAGGCUGAAGUACUACCGGAUGCAGGGAAUGUCCAUGCUGUGAUAGCACGAGAGGAAUAUGAGCCGGUUACCUCUAUCCUAGACUGGGACCGAUUUAGCUCAUUCAACAAAGAUAAGCAAGCGACUGUUCGCGUAUUAAUUUUUGUGCGAAAACUGGUAGAUAAAUUACCCACAGAACGCAAAAAUACGGCCCUUGAACGGGUGCCAGAACUAAAGCACAUCCCUUACUCUUUGGAUGACAUUGGAGGUAACGUCAUAAGCGCAUCCAGACGAGCAUUAAUCUGCAACCAUCAAUCAAUACAUCUCCAACAAGAUUACCGCAAAUCAAUGGAGAAUACAUUACGACUCUUUAAAGAUAGUGAAGGAAUAUGGCGUUCAAAAGGACGAGUAGGAAACUCGGCCCUAGACAACGACGCUAAGAACCCAGCUUUCAUAACCCCUAAGACAGCACUGGCGGACCUCAUCAUAAAAGAAGCGCAUGGAACCUUUCAUCGUGGUGUCGAACAUACAAUAGCAACAGUACGUCUGCAAUAUUGGAUUCCCAAACUAAGACAACAAGUACGUCACAUUGUGAAGAACUGUGUCAAAUGCCGCAGAUUUAACGGAUUACCCUACGCCUACCCUGCGACAGAUGAUCUACCGGAUCGACGUGUAAUACGCAGUCACCCGUUCCAACACAUUGGUCUCGACUUCUUCGAUCUCCCAGUUACAAAAGAGGGUAGCGAACAGAUAAAAACAUAUGGGUAUAUAUUAAUCUGUACCGUAACGCAAAUGAUUCAUUUAGAAUUGGUUCUCAGCAUGUCAACCGAGGACUUCUUGAAUGUCUUGCGUAGAUUUAUCGCGCGUAGAGGAGUCCCAACAACAAUCACGAGCGAUAAUGCUGCCACUUUCCUCCUUAGCGCUGAAAUAUUAGCAACUGGAGCAACAACGCCGCCGGUUAACUCCAUAAUCAGAAAUACGGUUGCGCAACUAGAGAUUGAAUGGAAAAAUAUUACUCCAUACGCACCUUGGCAAGGGGGCUUCUACGAACGCCUCAUCAAAUCGAUAAAGCACGCAUUAUAUAAGUCACUGAAAGGAAAACCACAUCACUCCAUUGACAAUCUUAGAACAGUGCUGACAGAAAUAGAAGCUUGUUUAAAUUCAAGACCUCUCACCUACCAAGGAUCAGAGCUGGACACCCUUAGCUCUAUUCGUCCAAUCGAUUUCCUCCAGCAUGAUUUGAUUUUGACGUUCCCUUAUGACGCGACAAGUUCUAAGGACGACCCAGACUAUCUACCACCAGAAAGGAUUAGGGGGCUAGCAACAAAACGAGAAGCAGAACAGGCAUUCCAAUCCUCCUGCCAAAACACAGAACAUUUUUGGAACGUUUGGCAGCAAAAUUACUUUACCAGUCUACGCGAGAUGCAUAGAAAAUACAUUUCCUCGCAACGACAUCAUCAUCUCAUACCAAAAGUGGGCACAGUUGUUCUCCUUUGCGACCCACUAUUGCAUCGAAAUGAAUGGAAGCUGGCUCGCAUUACGCAGACCAACGCUGGCAGAGAUGGACAAAUUCGGGAAGUAGAGUUAAUAACAUCCACGAAGCGAAAAAUCAAACGCCCUAUUAAUCUCAUUGUACCACUAGAACUCAAUGACGACACAGCAACAUUGGAUAAUGGUGACCCUACAGCAGCAGUUCAAGAAGAUGUCGCAUACGCAGGAAGACCGCGACAAUAUGUAAGCUACACCAAUAACGUCGGUACCGCCACUUCAACGCAAAAAGCAUGCGUUCCAUCACGGAAAUGGUUUCUCUUUUACCUCAUGCUUCUUUCACUCUUUCGUUCGUCAAAGGGUGCCACGGCAGGGGACAUGAAAAUAACCUGUACUGAAGAAGGAGUACUCAUAAAUACUUACGCUAACACUACCUUCGAGCUGUGCGCUGACACGCUUUGCAAAAUCUAUACACCGAUGGCGGAAACGUAUGUGGUGAAAUUGCUGCCAGAAGUAACACUACAUGACCACGUAGUUUCGAUGAAAUGGAAGAACUACGAACGCCUUUCAGUCAUGGAAACGAGCAUGAACGCCUACGAAGAACUCGCCCGACUUCGCCGCAUUUGCAACGCGAUACCUACUCUACCAAAACCAGUGGUGGUAUAUAACAAAAUAAUUCACGGAUCGGUCACUCUCCAAAUUACGGUGAGAUCUAUGAACAACCUCCGUGAUCGGUUGAAGGCGGUGCGCACCUCUGACAAAGGAUGGCAAGAACGUCUAACGCAACUGGAGUUGGUCGAGGCAGUUAGAGACAAGCUUCAUGUUGAAUUCGCGCUAAUACGUUCAGAUCUUAGGACGCUGUAUGCCGUUAUACCACUGCUCAUAGCUACCGACGCUAUUUCGAAACGGCAAUGGGACGAGUUGAUUAAUCGACCGCAAUAUGAUGACGUCGGCAAACCUGCAACUGUAAAGCAAGGCAAGCUUGAGCUGAUUAUUUCCGACCAAAUCGAUCUUCUGGAAGAAACUCGCUUAUCCAUCGUCGAAGAAGAGAAACGCAACGAUUCCAGACUUCGUAAAUCCGGAAAACGUAAAGCUCACGAUUCAGCAAGAGAUCGCGACGUUAUCCGCCGAAAGUGCCCAUAUAGCAGAAGGAAGUUAUCACGUACAGAAUCGUAUGACAUCACAUCCGUCGCUAGCACUGAGUCAUCAACGCAAAAUCCCUCGCAAGAGCACAGUCGCGAGGGCGAGGGCAUCAUCGAAGAGAUGCACGAGGAAAGGGAUGAAAUCCCAAGGUUAGUCGGAGACGAUGAUAGUGAUGAGGAAAGUGAGCAAAUGGAAGAAGAGGAAGGAAAUAUAAUUUGGGACAACGAGCAAUUUAUAGAAGGAUUCGAUGCGAUGGAGGAAGAAGACGAAGAGGAACCUGAGGAUGAAGAAGCACUGCGGCUUGCGGCACAAAGGGCACAACGCAGACGCCAGAUUGAAAAUGAGAUACACCAGACGGAACAAGGAGUCCUCGGUUUGGAAGAUAUAGUGAAUUCGCUGUGUCAAGAACAGUCGUGUGCGCCACGCAAUUAUGAACGUGGAGCCACUCAACACGACGAUGAACAAACGCUACGCUGUGUCUUCUGUGGAAGGAUCGGUGACCAUUAUUCUGACUCUUGUAUUGCCCACAGGAACAUAAUGGAAAGACGCCUCAUUCUCGACGCACAGCGACGCUGUGGAUGCUGUCUUGAAAUAGAAUUUAGCCAUCACGUCUGCCGGAAGGCCAACCUGCCCUGUUACCACUGUCGAGCAAGAGGGCAUCAUUCUUCGCUUUGCGACUUACCGGAACGCAGCGAGGAUAUUCGAAAUCGCAUACACCAAGCAUUGGAGAGCAGACGCAUGGCACUGGAUAAGAUUCGAGAGCUCCAAAGGGAACUACAAGAGCUAAACUAA